AUGGCCCCACACUGGAUCAAGCUGCUUUUGUCCUUUCUUACUCUCUGGGGACUCGCCAUAGCCCAGAACAAUGACCUUGACCAGGCCAUUGGCAUGAUAAACCAAGCCCGCCAAUCCCGAGGGCUGAAGCCUCUGCUUUGGAGCAAUGACUUGACCAACAGUGCCGGUUGGUGGGCCACCCAGAUGGCUACUGGUGCUGCGCCCUUCGCGCAUGCACCUCCCCAGUACCGUCAGAAGCAGGGCGAAACUCUCUAUGAACGUCAAUCGGCAAGGUGUGAUGCUGCCUACGACAACCCGUUCCAAACAGCCGCAUCAGCCUAG